GCCACCCAAUGCUGCAGUGCAGUCUGAUGUCCGACCCUAGGCAGCCUAGACCUUGUGCAUACCACAUUUUGAGACCUGGGAACGAAGGAAUAAGGCAUCAGUGACUUGGAGCUGUUGAUCUCGCCGCGAGUGUGGAAACAAAGUUGUGCUCCUAGAGCAGGGCUGGAAAUGGAGCUUUAAGAGAAGGGGACUUGAGAAGUCGCUCUGCGGUGAAUGAGAAGCUCUGUGGGAUAUUCUACUAGGAACUUGGAGAUGGCUCUUCUAGUUUGGAGAGUCACGAUGUUGCAAACAGUUUUCCUAACUAUGCUGACGGUGGUGCUGGUAAGGUCACAGUACACUGAGGAAACCAUCACAUACACGCAAUGCACCGAUGGAUAUGAGUGGGAUCCUGUAAGACAGCAGUGCAAAGAUAUUGAUGAGUGUGACAUUGUCCCAGACGCUUGCAAAGGUGGAAUGAAAUGUGUCAACCACUAUGGAGGAUACCUCUGCCUUCCUAAAACAGCCCAAAUUAUUGUCAAUAAUGAACAGCCUCAGCAAGAAACACCAGCUGCAGAAGCAUCGUCGGGUGCUGCCACUGGAAGCAUAGCUGCCAGUAGCGUGGCAACCAGUGGUGUGGUGCCUGGAGGUGGUUUCAUGGCCAGCGCUACUGCAGUUGCUGGCCCUGAAGUGCAAACUGGCAGAAAUAAUUUUGUCAUCCGGAGGAACCCAGCUGACCCUCAGCGUAUCCCUUCCAACCCUUCCCACCGGAUCCAGUGUGCAGCAGGCUAUGAGCAGAGUGAGCAUAACGUAUGCCAAGAUAUCGAUGAGUGCACCUCAGGGACCCACAAUUGUAGAGAGGAUCAAGUGUGCAUCAAUUUACGUGGCUCCUUCACAUGCCAGUGUCUUCCGGGGUAUCAGAAGAGAGGAGAGCAGUGUGUGGAUAUAGAUGAAUGCACCGUGCCUCCAUAUUGCCACCAAAGAUGCGUGAACACACCAGGAUCCUUUUACUGCCAGUGCAAUCCUGGGUUUCAGUUGGCAGCAAACAACUACACCUGCGUGGAUAUAAACGAAUGUGAUGCCAGCAACCAGUGUGCUCAGCAAUGCUACAAUAUUCUCGGCUCAUUCAUCUGCCAGUGCAACCAAGGAUAUGAACUGAGCAGUGACAGGCUCAGCUGUGAAGACAUCGAUGAAUGCAGAACCUCGAGCUACCUGUGUCAAUAUCAAUGUGUCAAUGAACCAGGGAAGUUCUCAUGCAUGUGCCCCCAGGGCUACCAAGUGGUGAGAAGCAGGACCUGCCAGGAUAUCAAUGAAUGUGAGACCACUAAUGAGUGCCGAGAAGAUGAAAUGUGCUGGAAUUAUCAUGGCGGCUUCCGUUGUUACCCACGAAACCCAUGUCAAGAUCCCUAUGUUCUAACAUCAGAAAACCGAUGUGUUUGCCCAGUGUCAAAUGCUAUGUGCCGAGAGGGGCCCCAGUCUAUAGUCUACAAAUACAUGAGCAUCCGAUCUGACAGGUCUGUGCCAUCAGACAUCUUCCAGAUACAGGCCACAACUAUUUAUGCCAACACCAUUAAUACUUUUCGGAUUAAAUCUGGAAAUGAAAAUGGAGAGUUCUACCUACGA